AUGGCGACGGCCUUUUUAUUAAAGGAGGCCAAAAGCGGCUCGCCAGCGAGCUCCUCUGCGCCGCUGCCUUGCCUGGGGAAAGAACGGCCCGGGGACGGCAGAGCCGCUGCUCCCCGCGGGCCUCAGGCACCCCUGGAAAGCUCCCGCAGGAAGGCGGUGGUGAGCCAGAAUAGCGCUUUCCAACCUGUCUGCGCCCUGGACAAGCUGCCCAGGGGCUCGGAUAGACUCUUAGAAACGUUUCCCAAAGGGGAACUGGGCUACAGCUUGGACUUCUGCCCGGCAGCAAAACCCACCGCGCGGGAGCAGGACCCCCCCUACCUGGAGAAGAGGAGGACAAGCCUGACCCUCAGGGAAAGCACCCAUGGCACCAGAGGGGCUCCCGAAGCCCCCCCAGCAGCUCCAGUCUUUACAGCUGACAGCCCGGUCUCCCACCAGCAUUUAGGGAAGGGAGAGCCCUCCAAGGUCGAAGACACAGCCAAAGAGCUGGUUUCCUCUUCUCAGGUUGCAUCUCCAGAGGGUAGGCUGAAAGACCUACAAAGUGGCGAGAUUUCUCCUUCGUCCCCACCCAUGCCAGUUAUCAACAACGUCUUCAGCUUGGCGCCUUACCGAGACUAUCUGGAAGGGUCCGAAGGCUCAGCCGAGGUUCCCUUCUCAAAGGACCAUCCAAAGGUAGAUACUCCGCUCCAAAACGUGGGGAACAGCUUGGGAAGCAAGGACUCUUUUAGGUCUCUGUCAGAGCCAGCUGCGGUCAAAGAUAUCUCGGAGAUGUCCGGUGCACUGCCUGCUCGGAAGGAGGCCAGCCAGGCGUUACAAGCAGGGGACAGCGUGGUUCACAGCUGCAAGUCGAUGGCUGGCGAAGGGGGCGGCUGUUGCAAACGGGCCCCCAAGAGUCACAAACCAAGGCUUCUACCCCGUGACCGGGCGGCAACAAGUGAUCCCGAACCUCAGGACGGCAGCCUGAGCGGCCCCGGCAGCGCAGAGGGCAGGGAGCCAGCCCCCGACGAGGUUGUGUUGGAUCUUAGCUUGAAAAAGAGACUGGUGAAACCCGGAGAAACCCAAGGCCCUGCUGGCCACAUGAAGGGGACAUCUAAAGGAGAAGAUGCAGCCGGAGAGAAAGAGGAGCCACCAAGGAAGCUGGAGACGGGAGAGGGAGCCAAGGCUCAGACAUUGCCGUUGUUGAUAGAGGUUGGGUCCAGGGACAAGAGCAAUUUCCAGAGCUCAGCCACCUUCAUGUUCAAAAAAUACAAGAUCUUGAAAUCCCUCCCGCCUGGCGCCGUGCCCCCUCGCCAGGCUGCCAGACCUCAGGCCAUGCAGCCCAGUCCACCGGCAGUGGCUCCAUCUGACAGCGUCCCCGCGCCGCAAAGUCCGCAUGUGUCACCGCAGCCCCGCAGCCCCCCCGUGCCACCUGCGCUCCACGCCAACCCCCAGCCCAGCACCUCCGUUCUUCAGGUGACUUGCCUGAACCUGAAGCUCCCUGACAUUUCAAAGCCCCUGCUGCCCGGUGCGCCAGAAGCCCCCCGCGCGCCAGGAGAGGACAACGUCUCGCUGCCCAGCCACUGUGAAUCCCCUGGCCAGCAGACCUCCGCCAGCCAGUACUUUACUGCCUUGCACGCCUCUCUCUGCAAUGUUAUUUCGUGUUCUGUGUCUGGGUCCUCCCCAGAGCUGCUCCGGGAGUGGCUGAAGAGGGCAGAGCCUGAGGAGGAGCUCAAAGAGAUGCCCAAAUCUCCUCCCAAACCCAAGAACGGUUCCAGGCUCUCUGAGUCCCAGAAGCCCACCAAAGGCAAGGAGAUCUGGCUGGCUUUCAAGGAUGUGGCUGCUCUCCUCAACAAGCUCCUGUCUCAGCUGGAGACCUUCAUGUUCACUCGCAAGUGCCCCUUCCCCCAUGUGGUUCGGGCAGGUGCCAUCUUCAUUCCCAUCCAUGUGGUGAAGGAGAAGCUCUUCCCCAAGCUCCCUGGGGCCUCUGUCGACCAAGUGUUGCAGGAGCAUAAGGUGGAGUUGCGCCCGACCACCCUCUCGGAGGAGAAGCUUUUGAGGGACCUGGAGCUCAAGAGCUGCACUUCCCGCAUGCUGAAGCUCCUGGCUCUGAAGCAGCUCCCCGACAUCUACCCAGACCUGCUGAACCUCCACUGGCAUGACUCUGUCAAGCAACAGCUUGGUUCCAGUUCACAGGCUGGCCAGCAUGCCUCCAAGUAGGUAACUGCUCUUUGUGCAUGUUUAUAAAGAUGUAUGUAUAUAUGUAUAUAUAAGCCGUGGCUGGGGGGAGGUUACGCUGGCGCGGGCGGGGGGCCCGAG